ACCAGUCUGUGCCAUCUUGUAUUUAGCAAAGAACAAAAACGGGGUAAGAAACAAGCCUUCUAUCAGGAUGAGGCGCAGAAAUUAAGCCGGAUUUUAAGAAAAGAUAUUUUUUAAAAGGUCAGUUGUAACUGGACAAUAUGCUCGGAAGUGGGGCAGCGCAGAGAAACAUCAGCCACACCCCGUACAACAGCUAAUGUUAACGUUAGCUUGUCGAAGCUAAGCUAGCCAAUUAGCUAAGGCUAGUAACGUACGAGAGGACAACUGACCGAGCUUCUGUUUGAGCCGGCUAAACUAGCAGUGUAAUUAGGAAACCGUAAAUUAAUUUCACUAGCGGGACUUCGGUGGAAAUGGGCCAAACGUCGUGUUGAUUGUCCGCAGAGAGAGGAGACCCGGGCUAUGAGGAUAGAGGCUCGUUAGCUUGGCUGCUAACGAUUGUUUUUCGUGCCAGAGCGGAACCACAAUAAGCCGCGGCCCUGGCCAUGCCCUCAAGUGCACGGGCGGGCAAUCUGAAAGACCCCGAGGUGGCAGACCUAUUCUGCAAAGAUGACCCAGAGAAGCUGUUCGCUGACCUCCGUGAGAUUGGUCAUGGCAGCUUCGGAGCCGUUUACUUUGCUCGAGAUGUGCGCAACAAUGAGGUGGUGGCCAUCAAGAAAAUGUCGUACAGCGGCAAGCAGACGAACGAGAAAUGGCAGGACAUCAUUAAAGAGGUGAAGUUCCUGCAGAAACUUCGCCACCCCAACACAAUCGAGUACCGGGGAUGUUACCUGAAAGAGCACACAGCAUGGCUGGUGAUGGAGUACUGCCUCGGCUCGGCCUCAGACCUCCUAGAAGUUCACAAAAAGCCGCUCCAGGAAAUAGAAAUAGCUGCUAUUACCCACGGUGCACUGCAGGGAUUAGCAUAUCUUCACUCUCACAACAUGAUUCACAGGGACGUGAAAGCAGGAAACAUCCUGUUGACGGAGCCCGGUCAGGUCAAACUGGGGGACUUUGGUUCCGCUUCGAUCGUGGCUCCAGCCAACUCCUUCGUGGGGACUCCCUACUGGAUGGCUCCAGAGGUAAUCUUGGCGAUGGAUGAGGGCCAGUAUGACGGCAAGGUGGAUGUCUGGUCGCUUGGCAUCACCUCCAUAGAGCUGGCGGAGAGGAAGCCCCCACUGUUCAAUAUGAAUGCUAUGAGUGCCUUAUAUCACAUCGCUCAGAAUGAAAGCCCCAUCCUUCAGUCCAAUCACUGGUCUGAUUCCUUCCGAAACUUUGUUGACUCUUGCCUACAGAAGAUUCCCCAGGACCGGCCUACCUCGGACGUGCUGCUGAAUCAUCGGUUCUUGUGCCGUGAGCGUCCGCUGACGGUGAUCAUGGACCUGAUUGCACGAACCAAGGAUGCAGUGCGAGAGCUGGACAACCUGCAGUACCGCAAGAUGAAGAAGAUCCUCUUCCAGGAGACACAGCAGAACGGCCCCGUGUCUGAGGGAGGGGAGGACGAGGAGGAGGUGGAGCAGUACCUGCUGCGGACAGGGACAGUCAACAGUAUGGAGAGCUCUCAGUCGGUGCCCAGUAUGUCCAUCUCGGCCAGUUCUCAGAGCAGCUCGGUCAACAGUCUGGCAGACGCCUCUGACGACAGCAGCAGUGAAAUGGCCAUGAUGCAGGAGGGCGAGCACACCGUCACCUCCAACAGCUCCAUCAUCCACAGACCCACGGGUCAGGAUAACAUCUAUGAUGACCCCUACCAGCCAGAGAUGGACCAACCCCAGGCUCCCUCAGCUGGACGUCGUAGAGCCUAUUACCGCAACCGUGAUCACUUUGCCACCAUCCGAACUGCCUCUUUGGUAACCCGUCAGAUCCAGGAACAUGAGCAGGGCUCGGCCCUGCGAGAGCAGAUGUCUGGUUACAAACGUAUGAGGCGGCAGCACCAGAAGCAGCUGAUGGGGCUCGAGAACAAGCUGAAGGCAGAGAUGGACGAGCAUCAACUGAAGCUGGACAAAGAGCUGGAGAACCAGAGGAACAGCUUCUCCACCGAAGCCGACAAGCUGGCCAAGAAGCACCAGGCCAUCCUGGAGAAAGAGACGAAAGCAGCUCUGGCAGAGGAAAAGAAGUUCCAGCAGCACAUUCUGGGCCAGCAGAAGAAAGAGCUGACCAGUUUACUGGAGUCACAGAAACGCCAGUACCGCCAGCGCAAGGAUCAGCUGAAAGAGGAACUGAAUGAGAACCAGUCGACUCCAAAGCGAGAGAAGCAGGAGUGGCUGAUCCGUCAGAAGGAGUGUCUGCAGCAGAUGCAGGCGGAGGAGGAGGCCAGUCUGCUCCGGAGGCAGAGGCAGUACUAUGAGCUGCAGUGUCGCCAGUACAAGAGGAAGAUGCUGCUGGCUCGCCACAACCUGGAGCAGGACCUGCUCAGAGAGGACCUGAACAAGAAGCAGACCCAGAAGGAUCUGGAGUGCGCCAUGUUGCUGCGGCAUCAUGAGUCCACUCAGGAGCUGGAGUUCAGGCAGCUGGGCUCAGUGCAGCGGACCCGCGCUGACCUGAUCCGAACGCAACACCAGACCGAGCUCACCAACCAGAUGGAGUACAACAAGCGUCGUGAGCAAGAACUUCGACAGAAACACGCCAUGGAGGUCCGGCAGCAGCCCAAGAGCCUUAAGUCCAAAGAGCUGCAGAUCAAGCGUCAGUUCCAGGAGACAUGUAAGAUCCAGACCCGUCAGUACAAAGCCCUGAGGAACCACCUGCUGGAGAGCACUCCCAAAUCCGACCACAAGGCCGUCCUCAAACGCCUCAAAGAGGAGCAAACACGUAAGCUGGCCAUCCUGGCCGAGCAGUACGACCACUCCAUCAACGACAUGCUGUCCACACAGGCUCUGCGUCUGGAUGAGACCCAGGAGGCGGAGUACCAGGUGCUCAGGAUGCAGCUGCAGCAGGAGCUGGAGCUGCUCAACGCCUACCAGAGCAAGAUCAAGAUCCACACCGACACGCAGCACGAGCGGGAGGUGAAGGACCUGGAGCAGAGGGUGUCCAUCCGCCGGGCGCUGCUGGAGCAACGGAUCGAGGAGGAGAUGCUCUCUCUGCAGAACGAACGCUCGGAGCGAAUCCGGACUUUGCUCGAGCGCCAGGCUCACGAGAUCGAGGCCUUUGACUCGGAGAGCAUGCGUCUCGGCUUCAGCAACAUGGCGCUGAGCGGCAUCCCGGCCGAGGCCUUCAACCAGGGCUACCCGACCCCCAGCCCGUCCUCGGGCUCCAGCGGCUGGCCCUCCCGGCCCGUGCCCCGCUCAGGGAGCCACUGGAGCCACAGCGUGCAGAACUCUGUGUCCACUCCGUCCUGGCGCAGUCAGAACCACAGCGGGGGAGGCUUCAGCCGCGCAGAGUCCAUCACCUCCUCCCACGGCCUCGGCAGGGACAGCGACCCGCACAAGAGCAGCAGGGGCCACUCCUCUUCGUCCUCCUCUUCCUCAUCCCACUCCUCCCACCACCAUCACCAGCAGCACUACCUCCCUCAGCAUUACCAGCACCACCAGAGCACGCCGCAGCUCUACCGCGACAGCCACGACGGCAGGGAGCGCGACCGCGAGCGCGCCAGGGAGUGGGUGGGAGGAGGGGGCCACUACCCUCAUCACUCCCAGGCCCACCACCACCACCUCUCCACCCACGCCUCCUCCCAGUCCUUAGCUCUCCUGCCUCCCCCACCACCACCUCCCCCCAUCUCCCUCUCUUCCUCCUCUCCUCCCUCCUCAGCCUCUUCUUCUUCAUCGUCACAGGGAGGCUACGGAGGCGGGGGCUUGAGCAUCAGGGGCCCCAGUCUGAUGGCCCUUAGGAAUAGCCCCCAGCCUCUGAGGAGGACCGCCUCUGGAGGGCCAGGGGGCGGCGGGGGGAGUGACGGAGGGCUCAGCCGGAGCACAUCAGUCACCUCCCACAUUUCUAAUGGCUCUCACCUCUCUUAUUCAUGAAAAUGCCCAAAUUCUCCUCUCUGAGCUGAUCUGAGAUCUGUCGCUUUGCUCCUUUAAAGAAACCAACAGAAGAAGCCUGUUAAAGGGAGAGAGGGUUUUUGUAAGUUCUUUGCAUAUUUUAGGAGGCUUCAUAAAGCUGGAGCAAUGUAAAUCAAUCACAAAAAAACAACAAAAACAAACAAACAAAUAGCCGAGUUUUAAGUGUAAAUUUUAAGAUCUCUGUUUUCAAAGUGUGCAGGGACUUAAAACAGGUCUUGAUGCACAAGAAGAUCAAGAGAGGAAGCCCCUUUUUAUUUUUAUUUAUAGUCACUAUAGAGAAACACGAGUAUUAAGACCCCCGAGCAUCACUGUUUACUUCUUCCACAUUAAAGAGUUGCACAGGAACGGUGAUGAAACUAAACAAUAACAUGUCCACAUGUGAAAAAUGAGCCAUGUGCUGCAAAAUGAACGAGUCCACCUGUAAAAUCUGACAAAAAACCCAAAAACCUCUGCUUGUUCAUUUUGUGGCACAUUGAAUCUGUUGCACAGUAUUGACGGCUAACUGCAGGAGACAUGAGUCGCCUGUUUGAGAUUCAGGUUGGAGACCUUCAGAGUCGGAGAGCAGGUUGAAAAGUUGAGCCGGCGAGCAGGUUUGAAAUUCUGGUUUUCAGCGACAGUUGUGGAGCUUCCACUCGGCUAGCGGUGCUUUAAAAACCACUGUAACUAUGUAAAUAACGGUAAAUUGUAAACCCAGUUUUUUUGAUCUGUAAGUGUUUCAUACUUUCAGCGGGCAAGGGGGGUCAACCAAGGGAAGAUUUCUUGAAUAGACAUUUCUUUUAUUUGUAGUGAUAAUAAGAUUCUGUAUAUGACAAUUAAAGAAACACUGCCAUCUCUUCGUUGGGCUGACCCAAGACAACUCUACCACUGCCCUUUAAGUCUUCUUAAAGGAGCAGUCUGACUUUUUUUCUAGUUUUUGCCAUCUUAAUUAGAGUCAAGAUGAGUAGUUCUUGAUCAGUUUGAUCUCUGGGUGUUCAGUACAGAGGGUUAGCUUUAGCAGGGGGCAGCUGUGUGCCUCCCAACAACUUCAGCCCCAUCACAGUUACAUGUAGGAAUACAAAAAGACACACGAUAGCUUUACUGGCAGCUAAAGCUAAACGUUGCAUUUCAUAAAAAAUGUAUUCACACUUUUUCAGCUUUGAAUAAAACCCAGAUUUUGGUGGGCGAUUAAAUUCCUUUUAGUGCACAUUAUUUAAUAUUUUAAUAUUGAGCCAUACAUUUUGAUAUGUAUAUUUUCUAGAGAGUGUGUUGGGAAUUGUUUAUGGAUUAAAUAACAAACCAAGACAACUUUAUUUUAGACAAAAAAACAAUUCACAGUGCUAUAUAUAUAUAUAUAACGCAUAAAAAAUCAGUAAUAUACAAAUCAAAGAAAACAGAAAAUAAGACAUUUGCUAAAAGUGAGAAGGCAGGGAGAUCUCACAAAUAUAAUACUUGACAUUGAUACAAAAAAUGUUUGUUUCAAGGACCUGUAAAUUGAUGCACAUUGAUUAACAGACCUGCGAUUGAUCAUAUUUUGCUCCAAAGACCUCCAACCGAAAACAUUUUGGUUGUUAGAUGCGAUUAAGCCCAGAAUUCUAUAGUCUACCUAUGAUCUGAAUAGUUACUGCUUUCACUUCUAUAGUGAAUGAAAUAGUGAAAAUAAAAUGAUUUCCCAUUUUUCUGGGGACUCACUCAAGGAUCCCUGGUUGAGAACUACUUGUUUACAUUAAUGCUUCGUAACCCUUAAUGUCUGAAUUGCCUGCCAAGUUUUAAUUUGAAGUUUUAUAUUAUAUUUUUUAGGCUUUUUAAAAUGUCUUUUAUUAGAGAAAAAACAGGAAAGAUGACCGAAAGACCCACAUUAGAAUCCAUCUGGAGCUGAUGCAACUGCAAAAUGCAAAUAAGACAAGAAAAAAAAUUGGUUAUGGGUCCUUGCAAAUUCAUGGAAACGUUUUGAAAUGUUGCCAUGAAAAUAUGGGAUCUCUGUAUUAAGCACCUUAGUCGUAUAAACCUAAGUAUUUUUAUUUUUUUAGGAUUUGUCAUAUAAUCUGAUUGCUGCCUUUUUCCAUUAGGUUUGGUCACUUAUUGUAACUAUUCAUGUGCAAUUUAUUUUUAAAAAAAAAGAGAGAAAAACUCCCAAAUAUUGUCCCUGCUGACAUAUGUAUUGAAUGAAAAAAAACAGCAUUUCAGUCUUCAGAUAUGAUGACAGCAUCAAACUUUAAAUACAAACACAGAGACUGCCUCUUCAACUACAAAUGUGCUAAAAAUCUGACUGUAAACACAAAUAUGUGGACAUAUACAUCACAAUUUCUCCAUGUACUCCCCUGAAAAUUACAUAAGUACACCUUUGUGUACAUAUAGUCCAGAGAUAUUUAAAGAAUACACCAUUGUGUAACAGGUUUAGAAAAAGACAUGUGGCGAUAAAUACUUUGAUACGGCUCUGUUGUAUUGGCCACCUUUAAACAGGAAGUUCUUGAAGGGAUUUACUUGCUUACCGAGAUGCAACAUUGAAACGAGAUCAUUUGUAAUUUUUCUUGUGCUUCCACAUGUCUGUACUGAACUCCCACAGAAAGAAACAGCAGCUAAAAAAACAUCCCAAAAAUGUCGGACUGCUCCUUCAAAGGGACGCUGCCAGAGAGUAUUUUUGAGUGAGCCAAGCACUAAAUCUGUGUGCGAUUUGUGCUGAAAAGUGUACGUGCGUGCGUGCGUGCGUGCAUCGUGCGCGUGCGUGCGUGCAUCGUGCGCGUGUGUGCCUGCGUGUGUGCCUGUGUGUGUGUCUGCGUGUGUGCGUGCGUGCUGACAUCUUACCCACACCUCCACCUGUCGUUUCCCUCGUCACAGUCUGGUCUGCAUCUGUAGAUAAGAUGUACAUGUUACAUUACAAAUUAGUUCAAUUCAGUGCAUGGAACUUGUGUACAGGCAGCAUUUGUAUGGAUAACAUGCACACUACCUAUUUAUAGAAAUGCAUAUAAAUGUAAGAUACCUGUAAAUGUAGCAGGUAUACUGAAGAUUGUUCACUGUCCAAACACUUUGACUUGCAUUGUACUUACCAGUGUACAUAAAGCACUAACUGAGACUGUGUUAGAGUAAUAAUAAUGAUUCUAGAUGUUGUACUAGAUGCAGACAAAUAGACGCUAUCAUUAUUAUUACCUCUACUGCAGCGGUAAUAUUUAUGUUGUAUGCUAAUUUUUAAAAAUGUAAUUGCCAAUUUUGACCACUAGGUGGGGGAAUAAGCGCAAUGUUACUGUGAUAGAGCUAUAAAAAGAAAAAAAAUAUUAAUGUUUCUAAGGAGGACAAAAGGACUACCUUUCCCAGCAUUCCUGUGGAGGUCUCAGGGUGGGAGUCUAUACUUCUGGGGAGGGCCACGUUCGACUUUUUACUUUUUAUUUUUGAGCCAGUAUUACAAUGUGGAGUGUUUCCGUAGUCGAGCUGAAUAUUAAUAAUUUCCAGAAUCUUUCAUGUUCGGUGCCAUGUUUGUUUGUUUUUUUGAUUAUUUUAUGUUUCGCACCCUGAAGUCUCCAUGCAAAGUAUUUUCCCCCAAAAAACACUGUAACCUGCAAAAUAUGGAGCCCAAAAGUGUUCAGUAUUAGAUCGUUUUAAUAGCAAUAUGAAUAUUCUGGAUGUAAAAUUGAACCAACAGUUUGUCAAGAAAUAUAUUAAAAUGUAACCCAUCUUCAUCAUUUUGUACAGAAGAGUAGAACUAUCAGGCAAAAAAAGCUUUUAAAAAAAGAUCAGUAUCAGGUAAUAACAUGAAAGUUUCUCGUUAUAACAAGAUGUUUUUUAAGUUUUAAAGGUGUUUCCAUGUUAUAAUUAGAACAUUAUUUUCUUAAAACAACUUUGUUUUAUAUGUUUGUUGUUCUUGUUAUAGCAAGAAACCUUUCUUGUUAUGACAUGAAAUAUUCUUCCUUAAUUACGUGACAUGGGAUCAAGUUAUUACGUGAAACACUUCACUUUACAGCACGAUAAAAUAAGUAUAUUGUUAAAACAAGAAAAUUCUCUCAUUACAUAACAUGAAAACAUCUUCUGAUAACAUGAAAAUACCUUGUAAGAAAACGUUAAAAAACUCUUUAUUACUUGAAAAUAUCUUGUUAUAACCCAAAAACUCUUCAUGUUGGCACAAGUUUCUUGUUAUAACAUGAAAACAUCUUUUAAUAGCAUGAAACAAGAAGACAUCUUGUUAUCACGUGUAGAUAUCUUUUUUUUUUUUUUCCUGACCUGGCAGUUCUCUUUUCCAUUCUAGACAUGUUUCUGCUUUUUAAUUAUAUUUAAUUUUGGCAUUUGUCUCAGGCAAAAGUUGUAUUUAAUGCCACUUUAUUUCAAAAUUUACUUUUUAUCCAUAAUGUCGUAUUUCAGAAUGCCACUUAUGCCACACAGUUUGCUUGAAAACUUGUAAAAAUAAGCAGAGAAAUAACAUCAUCUUAGUGAGUUGAGUUUAAAGAUUUCUUAACUUAUUUCAUCUGUUUCGGUUAAUUUACAAGAUAUAUUGAUAUGACUAUUUAUCCUAUAAUUACUUCUUGAGUCUAUAUUGAACACUUUGCAGGGCUGGAAUAGCAGAACAUUUCCAGAUUAUCAGCUCAUCAUUUGAUUUUGCACAGUGUGAAUGGGUAGAAAAAUCAUCCGGUCACUUCCUGCAGCGUCGGCGUGGCAACGGGUGGAACAUAAAUCAGCUGGUUUCCCGCCAACACGUCACAUGAGCCUCCAGCAGCGCUGCAGGAGGCCGACCUCAGUGUGAUCUGAUGCUGUCUG